GGGGAUUCCGUUGGGCGGGCAUAUUAGCGGCUGGACAGAAAGGCGGGCGGGGAUUCCGUUGGGCGGGCAUAUUAACAGCUGGACAGAAAGGCGGGCGGGGAUUCCGUUGGGCGGGCAUAUUAACGGCUGGACAGAAGGGCGGGCGGGGUUUCUGAUAGGGCGUGGUCGCGGGCUCCAGGACGGAGCCUCUUCUCGGCCGGGUAGCGGCCAUGCCAUGAGCGUGGCGCUGCGGAACGCGCAGCGCGCCGUGGCCGUGCGCCGGGUCCCGCUUCGCCGCGCCGUGUGCGCCUUGCGCGCCGCCCUGGGCGCCUCCCGCUUCGACGUAGGGCUAGUCUGCGCCAGCAACGCGUUGAUGCAGCGACUGAACGGCGUCUACCGACACUGCCCGGAGCCUACCGACGUCCUCUCUUUCCCGUUCCACCAAGUGGAGCCGGGGGAGUUGCCGCGGCCGUGCUGCCGCGGGGAGUACAACCUGGGGGACAUCUUCCUGGGGGUAGAAUACAUCCACCAGCAGUGCCGCGAAACCGGGGAGGAUUUUGACGAUGUCCUGACGGUGACGGCUGCCCACGGAUUGUGCCACCUGCUCGGCUACCGACACGACACGAAACCCGAGUGGGAGCAGAUGUACCAGAAGGAAGUGGAAAUCCUGGAGGAGCUGAAUCGCCUGACAGGCUCCCGCCUGCGGCCCCUCACCGCCGGCCUCUUCUGAGAGACUGAGAGGGGCUGGGGCUCCGCCGGCGCCGCCCCGGACGUGGCGCGGGG